AUGACUUAUGAUGCUGAUCUUGAGGAAAUUAUCUACACAGCGCUAACCCUACAAGAUGACUACCCCAUGUUGGCUUCACCUCUGAGGGACCAAGACAUGAUCUACCCUAAUGUCUUUGGGAUGUUUCAUGAUCUUAAUCUGACUAUGGAAGCCCAAGAAAAACUGCAGGAAGGUUUAAUUGAACUUUAUUCUGUCUUGGGAAUCCCACAAGGGCCUCCUAUUAACAGAAGCCAGUGGAAAUUAGAAUCUGAAAAGGAGACACCAUCUUCUGGGAUCAGCACUAAGUAUCAGGCCAACAACCAAUCAUCCAAAGGCCGUAAAAGGCCAAUGUAUGAAGUGGAGCAGAGGGAAAGCAAGAAGCCCAGAAUCCAGGUGACUGAUCAUCUGCCUCCUGCCAACACCAGAUGUAGGAAAAGGACAAUUUAUUCCAAUGAACAAACCCUCUUCCUCCAGAAUCAAUUUGAUCUCAACCCAUAUCCAGACUUUGUGAGCAGAUGUCAUAUUGCCAAGAUAACUAGAAUCCCCGAGCCCAGGAUACAGGUUUGGUUCCAGAACAGAAGAGCAAGGCAUCUUCCAAGAGCAACAUCUUCCCAGAAACCAACUUUCACAGAAGAAAAUACUUCUUGA